AUGUUGGAAGGUCUUGUAGCCUGGGUUCUCAAUACCUAUCUGGGGAAAUAUGUCAAUAACCUGAACACUGACCAGCUGUCCGUUGCACUUCUGAAAGGUGCUGUUGAAUUAGAAAACUUGCCUUUAAAGAAGGAUGCCUUGAAAGAACUGGAAUUACCAUUUGAAGUCAAAGCUGGCUUAAUUGGGAAGGUAACCCUUCAGAUUCCCUUCUAUCGCCCCCAUGUGGACCCUUGGGUGAUCUCCAUCUCCAGCCUUCACUUAAUUGGAGCCCCUGAAAAAAUACAGGAUUUCAAUGAUGAAAAGGAGAAGCUGUUGGAAAGGGAACGCAAGAAAGCUCUCCUUCAAGCCCUGGAGGAAAAGUGGAAGAACGAACGCCAGCAGAAAGGGGAAUCCUACUGGUAUUCAGUUACUGCCUCGGUAGUUACGAGAAUUGUGGAGAAUAUUGAAUUAAAAAUUCAAGAUGUUCAUUUGCGCUUUGAAGAUGGUAUUACCAAUCCUUCCCAUCCUUUUGCGUUUGGCAUCUGCAUUAAGAAUGUGUCCAUGCAGAAUGCUGUGAACGAGCCUGUACAGAAAUUAAUGCGGAAAAAGCAGUUAGAUGUGGCAGAGUUUAGCAUCUAUUGGGAUGUCGAUUGCACUUUAUUGGGGGAUUUGCCUCAGGUGGAGUUACAGGAGGCCAUGGACAAGAGCAAGGAGAGUCGAAAUCAUCACUACAUCUUGGAGCCUGUGUGCGUGUCUGCUCUUCUGAAGAGAAACUGUUCUAAAGAGCCUCUGAGGUCUCGGCACAGUCCCCGUAUUGAAUGUGAUAUUCAUCUGGAGACCAUUCCCUUGAAACUCUCUCAGUUGCAAUACCGGCAAAUCAUGGAAUUCCUCAAGGAGCUGGAACGAAAGGAGAGGCAGUUGAAGUUCCGAAAAUGGAAACCCAGAGUGGCUGUAUCUGAGAACUGCCGAGAGUGGUGGUAUUUUGCUUUGAACGCCAACCUGCAUGAGAUCCGGGAGCAGAGGACGCGCUGCACGUGGGACUUCCUGUUGCGCCGGGCCCGCGAUGCCGUGUCCUACACUGACAAAUACUUUACCAAGUUGAAAGGAGGCUUACUGUCUGCAGACGACAAGGAGGAAGUGUGUCGGAUUGAAGAGGAACAGAGCUUUGAGGAAUUGAAGAUUUUGCGUGAACUGGUUUAUGAACGAUUUCACAAACAGGAAGAACUGGCAGAGAGCUUACGAGAGCCUCAGUUGUAUUCUCUGGGAGAGUCUCCUGGAGACCCAGAACCCAGCGGAGGCAGCGGGAUGCUGCAGUACCUUCAGUCCUGGUUUCCUGGCUGGGGCGGCUGGUAUGGGCAGCAGAGCCCUGAAGGGAAACCAGUCGAGGGCCUGACUGCGGAGCAGCACGAACACUGGACUGCUGAGGAGAUCCUGGGCUCCGAGGAGUUUUUUGACCCCACUGCAGACGCCUCUUGUAUGAACACGUACACAAAACGAGACCAUGUCUUUGCCAAACUGAACUUACAGCUACAGCGAGGGACCGUGACUCUGCUGCACCAGGAGCAGGGAGCUGCCCAGAUGAAUCAGAGUGCUUUCAUGCAGCUUGAGUUUUCAGGUGUAAAACUUCUAGCAGAAUCUCUUCCUCGAAGAAACUCCUCCUUGCUUUCAGUCCGGUUGGGUGGACUGUUUCUUCGAGACCUGGCCACAGAAGGGACUAUGUUUCCUCUUCUGGUCUUCCCUAAUCCACAAAAAGAAGUUGGCAGAGUCUCACAGUCUUUUGGACUCCAAACAGCAUCUGCAGACAGAAGCGAUCAUUACCUUGCUGCAGACCCAGAUGACCCAUUUUUUGAGAUGCUAUAUGAGAGAAAUCCAGUGCACAGCCAUUUUGAGAGGCGGCUGAAUGUCAGCACGAGGCCCUUGAACAUCAUAUAUAAUCCCCAGGCUAUUAAAAAAGUAGCAGACUUCUUCUACAAGGGAAAGGUUCAUACCUCAGGUUUUGGUUAUCAGUCUGAACUUGAGUUGAGAGUGGCUGAAGCUGCCCGAAGACAGUAUAACAGACUGAAGAUGCAGACCAAGGCGGAAAUCCGACAAACGCUUGAUCGUUUGCUAGUGGGUGAUUUCAUUGAGGAGAGUAAACGGUGGACUGUGCGGCUAGACAUUUCUGCCCCUCAGGUGAUAUUUCCUGAUGAUUUCAAAUUCAAGAAUCCCGUGUUGGUUGUUGUGGAUCUAGGCAGAAUGCUCUUGACCAAUACCCAAGAUGACUCCAAGAGGAAGAGUGGGGACGGGUCAGCAUCUGAAGAGAAUCCGUUUAGUGAUGACGAAUAUAAGACCCCUCUUGCCACACCACCUAACACCCCACCUUCCGAGACAAGCAGCAGCAAUAGGGAGAAAACACCUCCAUUUUCUGGAGUUGAAUUCAGUGAAGAGCAGCUUCAAGCACAUUUAAUGAGCACGAAGAUGUAUGAGAGGUACUCGCUGUCCUUUCUGGACCUCCAGAUCAUGGUUGGACGAGUGAAAGACAACUGGAAGCAUGUCCAGGAUAUUGAUGUGGGACCGACCCAUGUGGUCGAGAAAUUCAAUGUUCACCUACAGUUAGAACGCCGGUUGAUUUAUACUUCAGAUCCCAAGUACCCCGGAGCUGUGCUCUCAGGCAACCUACCAGACCUAAAGAUUCACAUCAAUGAAGAUAAAAUAUCUGCUCUAAAGAAUUGCUUUGCUCUCCUGACCACCCCAGAAAUGAAGACUUUUGACACUCAGAUUAAAGAGAAGAUUUUUCCCCAAGGGGGACAGCGGGGAAGUUUGCAAGACUCGGUGAUGAAUUUAACCCAGAGCAUCGUGGUGUUGGAGCAGCAUACCCGGGAGGUUCUGGUGGAGUCACAACUCCUCCUGGCUGAGUUUAAAGUGAACUGUAUGCAGCUUGGUGUUGAGAGCAACGGCCGGUACAUUUCUGUGCUCAAGGUAUUUGGUACCAACGCUCACUUUGUGAAGAGGCCUUAUGAUGCUGAAGUCUCCCUCACUGUUCAUGGUUUGCUGCUGGUGGACACCAUGCAGACAUAUGGUGCUGAUUUUGACCUUUUGAUGGCCUCUCAUAAGAACUUGAGCUUUGAUAUCCCAACAGGAAGCCUCCGGGAUAGCAGAGCCCAGUCUCCUGUCUCUGGACCCAACGUGGCCCACCUCACUAAUGCUGCCACACUGAACGACCGAUCAGCCACUGGUGUUUCUCUUGACAGAAUUCUCACCAAAGAACAAGAGUCCCUCAUAAAACUGGAGUAUCAGUUUGUGAGUUCAGAGUGCCCAUCGAUGAAUUUGGACAGCACUCUUCAGGUGAUUUCAUUACAGGUGAAUAAUUUGGAUAUCAUCCUAAAUCCAGAGACAAUUGUGGAGCUGAUUGGUUUUCUUCAAAAAUCCUUUCCCAAGGAAAAAGAUGAUUUGAGUCCUCAACCUUUAAUGACUGAUUUUGAAAGAAGCUGUAGGGAACAAGGAACUUACCAAUCUACAUAUGAACAAAACACCGAGGUUGCAGUGGAAAUCCACAGACUUAACCUGCUGCUCCUUCGGACAGUGGGAAUGGCAAAUGGAGAGAAAUAUGGCAGAAAAAUUGCAACAGCAAGUAUAGGUGGCACCAAAGUUAACGUCUCCAUGGGCAGCACAUUUGACAUGAACGGUUCUCUUGGCUGUUUGCAGCUUAUGGAUUUGACACAGGAGAAUGUUAAGAACCAAUAUGUUGUCAGCAUUGGGAAUUCCAUAGGCUAUGAAAAUAUCAUCAAUGAUAUUGGCUACUUUGAAUCUGUAUUUGUCAGAAUGGAAGAUGCAGCCCUCACUGAAGCUCUGAGUUUCACCUUCGUUGAGAAAUUUAAACAGGAAUGUUUUCUCAGCCUCAGGAUGGCUUCCUUGCAUUACAGCCACUCUGCUAAAUUUUUGAAGGAGUUGACAUUGUCCAUGGAUGAGCUGGAAGAAAAUUUUCGAAAUAUGCUGAAAAGCGCAGCUACCAAAGUCACCACAGUCCUAGCCACCAAGACGGCCGAGUACAGUGAGAUGGUAUCACUCUUUGAAACUCCAAGGAAGGCCCGGGAAUCCUUUAUCUUAGAAGAAAAUGAAACAUAUGGGUUUGGCCUAGGUGCAUCUCAUUCCGACACUGUGAAGCUAAUCUUGAACAUAAACAUUGAAUCACCAGUUGUUUCUAUCCCUCGGAAGCCUGGGAGUCCUGAGUUGUUGGUAGGACACUUGGGACAGAUAUUCAUCCAGAAUUUUGUGGCAGCAGAUGAUGAAUCCAGAAGUGACCGUCUGCAAGUGGAAAUCAAAGACAUUAAAUUAUAUUCUUUGAAUUGCACCCAGUUGGCAGGCAGAGAGGGCCCUGGGCCUGAAGUGAGCCGGGCGUUUUGCCCUCCUUCUGGGUCUGCCAGUGCCAAUAGUCAGGAGGAAGCUCAUUUCACCCGACAUGAUUUCUUUGAAUCUUUGCAUAGAGGUCAAGCUUUUCACAUCCUGAACAACACGACCAUUCAGUUUAAACUGGAGAAGAUCCCUAUAGAGAGAGAAUCUGAAUUGACUUUCUCCCUUAGUCCAGAUGACCUGGGAACUUCUAGCAUCAUGAAGAUCGAAGGAAAAUUUGUCAAUCCGGUGCAGGUGGUGUUAGCAAAGCAUGUAUAUGAGCAGGUUUUACAAACUCUGGACAAUCUCGUGUACAGUGAAGACCUGAAUAAGCUUCCAGUCAGUGCCAGCCCCUCACCUUGCCCUGACUCUCCUCUGCCUGCCCUCGGUACCUGUGGAGAACCUUCCGUUGAAAGGAAGAACGGAUUGUUCAGCCACUGCAGCCUUUCUCACUCUUCUCAAAAGUCCUUGUCUUUUAAGGAAGUCAGAUCUUUUACCCAGAUUCAAGCCAACUUCUGUAUAUCAGAGCUUCAAGUUCAGCUAAGUGGAGAUCUGACUUUGGGGGCGCAAGGUCUUGUGAGCUUGAAAUUUCAGGAUUUUGAGGUGGAAUUCAGUAAAGACCAUCCUCAGACUUUAUGCAUUCAGAUUGCCCUGCGCUCUCUGCUGAUGGAAGACUUACUGGAGAAAAAUCCAGAUUCCAAAUAUAAGAACCUGAUGGUGUCUCGGGGAGCCCCUAAGCCAUCUAGCUUAGCACAAAAAGAGUAUCUCUCUCAGUCUUGCCCUUCUGUGUCCAACGUGGAGUAUCCAGAUAUGCCUCGGUCUCUCCCUUCCCACGUGGAAGAAGCUCCUAAUGUCUUUCAGCUGUAUCAGAGACCCACGUCAGCCUCCCGGACGAAGCAAAAGGAAGUCCAAGACAAGGACUGUCCCUUGACCCCACCUCCUUCUCCAACAGUAGAGGAGCCCAAGGUACUUGCUGGAAGGAGUAAAUUUGAUGAUUCCUUGGUCCACAUCAAUAUAUUCUUGGUGGAUAAGAAGCAUCCGGAAUUCUCUUCCAGUUAUAAUCGAGUUAACCGGAGCAUUGAUGUUGAUUUUAACUGCUUGGAUGUGCUGAUCACACUGCAGACCUGGGUCAUGAUACUAGAUUUUUUUGGAAUUGGCUCCACUGCAGACAACCAUGCAGUGAAGGUGCCGCCUGAGGACAUUCUACAAAACGUGAAGUCAGAGUCAAGUGCUUUAAUAGAGUCUGAACUUCAGGAUCCAGUUAACACCAAACUGGAUCUCAAGGUUCAUUCGCUCUCUCUCGUGCUGAAUAAGACCACCAGUGAGCUUGCUAAAGCAAAUGUGUCCAAAUUAGUGGCACACCUGGAAAUGAUUGAAGGAGACCUGGCCUUACAGGGAAGCAUUGGGAGCCUGUCUCUGAGUGACCUUACAUCCCAUGGAGAGUUCUAUAGAGAACGGUUCACUACAAGUGGGGAAGAAGCACUCAUCUUCCAGACUUUCAAAUAUGGCCGGCCCGACCCGCUGCUCCGGAGGGAGUACGACAUUCGAGUGAGCCUCCAGAUGGCCUCCGUGCAGUAUGUGCACACCCAGCGCUUCCAGGCGGAGGUGGUGGCCUUCAUCCAGCACUUCACUCAGCUGCAGGACGUGUUAGGGCGCCAGCGAGCUGCCAUUGAGGGGCAGACGGUGAGAGAUCAAGCCCAGCGUUGUUCACGGGUUCUCCUGGAUAUUGAGGCUGGUGCUCCUGUUCUUCUUAUCCCAGAAAGUUCCAGAUCAAAUAAUCUGAUUGUAGCGAAUUUGGGGAAGUUGAAAGUCAAGAACAAGUUUCUCUUUGCUGGUAUUCCUGGGACCUUUACCUUACAAGAUAAGGCCGUGGACUGGUACCGAGAAAUAAGUCAUACUGUGCCAGAUAUAUCUAUCCAUGGCAAUCUCUCCUCAGUCCACUGCUCUCUGGAUUUGUACAAAUACAGGCUGAUCCGGGGUUUGUUGGAGAACAACCUUGGAGAGCCCAUAGAGGAAUUCCUGCGGCCUUAUGAUUUACAGGACCCAAGCAUUCACACUGUUCUGAGCGGAGAAGUGUACACGUGCAUGUGCUUCCUCAUUGAUAUGGUAAAUGUAAGUCUGGAGCUGAAAGAUCCAAAAGGAAAAGAAGGUGCUGGGUCCUUAGCCAGAUUUGACUUCAAGAAAUGUAAACUGCUCUAUGAGAGCUUUUCCAACCAAACGAAGUCCGUUAACUUGGUUUCCCAUUCCAUGAUGGCUUUUGACACCCGCUAUGCUGGGCAGAAGACCAGUCCUGGCAUGACAAACGUAUUCACCUGUAUCUUUCAGCCCUCUAAGAACAGCAGCACUACCCAAGGAUCCAUUCAGAUCGAACUGCAUUUCAGGUCUACAAAGGAUUCCUCCUGUUUCACAGUAGUUCUCAACAAUCUCCGUGUGUUUCUCAUAUUUGAUUGGCUGCUGUUAGUGCACGAUUUUCUCCACACCCCCAGUGAUACUAAGAAGCAAACUAAAGUUACUCCUUCACGCCACCGUAACUCUAGCAGCGAAUCUGCUGUAAUUCCCAAAACCGUGAAAAGUGGAGUAGUUACCAAGCGGUCUUCCCUUCCUGUGUCUACUGAAAAGCACCUGGAGGUCAAGGUCAAUGUAACAGGCACAGAGUUUGUGGUCGUUGAAGAUGUGUCCUGCUUCGAUACCAACGCCAUUAUUCUCAAAGGCACCACAGUGCUCACCUAUAAGCCCCGGUUUGUCGAUCGGCCCUUUUCAGGAAGUUUGUUUGGCGUUGAGGUGUUUUCAUGCCGACUAGGAAAUGAGCAAGACACAGCUCUUUCAAUUGUUGAUCCAGUACAAAUUCAAGUGGAGCUGGUGGGGAAUUCUUCUUAUCAGAAUAGUUCAGGAUUGAUGGAUGCAUUCAAUAGUGAGGACUUCCCACCUGUCUUAGAGAUUCAGUUACAGGCCCUGGAUAUCAGACUCUCCUAUAAUGAUGUUCAGCUGUUUCUGGCCAUUGCAAAAUCCAUCCCAGAGCAAGCUCAUGCUGCAGUACCAGACACAGGGGCCUUGGACGCUGACUCCUUCAGCAGUUACCUUCCUGGUGCAUCUCAAAGGGGAGAGGAAAUCAGAGAAGGGACAAGACACACCUUAGACCCUGUCUUGGAGUUACAACUGGCUAGACUGCAGGAGCUGGGGUUUGGCAUGGAUGACUGCCGCAAAGCUCUCUUGGUGUGUCAAGGUCAACUGAAAAAGGCAGCAAGUUGGUUGUUCAAGAAUGCUGAACCCCUGACGUCUCUUUCCCUGGCCUCUAACAGCCGAGAGGGCCAGGUGGCUGCGCCGGCAUGGUUGAUCUCGGGCGUGGAGAUGAAAGCUGAGAGCGUGUGCAUCUGCUUUAUUGACGACUGCAUGGACUGCGACGUCCCUCUCGCUGAGCUCACCUUCUCCCGUCUGAAUUUUCUGCAGCAUGUAAGAACUAGCCCUGAAGGCUAUGCCCACUUCACCCUUUCUGGAGAUUAUUAUAACCGUGCUCUGUCAGGCUGGGAGCCAUUUAUUGAGCCCUGGCCGUGCUCUGUAUCCUGGCAACAACAGGCAGCUAGUCGUCUCCAUCCUCCUCGGCUGAAGCUGGAAGUCAAGGCCAAACACCGUUUGGAUAUCAAUAUCACCUCUGUACUAAUUGACCAAUAUAUAAGUACCAAGGAAUCGUGGAUGGCAGAUUACUGUAAACAGGACAAGGAAAUAGAUUCAACCACAUCGGAAGACUGGAUGGGCUCUUCAGUGGAUCCUCCAUGCUUUGGACAAAGCCUCCCCCUUGUCUACCUUAGAACUAGGAGUACAGCCAGUCUGACUAACCUAGAGCACCAGAUCUAUGCUAGAGCAGAGAUGAAGGCCCCAAAACGCCGGCAGCCAUUCGUCCCUUUUGCUCUGAGGAAUCACACGGGCUGCACUUUGUGGUUUGCCACCCUGACUACCACACCCACCAGGGCUGCACUGUCUCACAGCGGGAGUCCAGGGCUGGUUCCAGAAGGGAAUGGAACAUUUCUUGACGACGCUCACAAUGUUAGCGAGUGGCGGGAGGUCCUCACGGGUGAAGAGAUUCCCUUUGAAUUUGAAGCAAGAGGAAAGCUAAGGCACAGACACACCCAUGACCUCCGGAUCCAUCAACUGCAAGUGAGAGUGAAUGGCUGGGAGCAAGUGAGCCCAGUGUCAGUGGACAAAGUCGGGACCUUCUUCCGAUACGCUGCGCCAGAUAAGAACUCCUCUUCCUCUACGAUUGGUAGCCCGAGCAGUAGGACAAAUAUUAUCCAUCCCCAGGUUUAUUUCUCUUCACUCCCACCUGUCCGGGUCGUCUUUGCAGUGACCAUGGAAGGCAGUGCUCGGAAAGUGAUCACUGUCCGAUCAGCCCUCAUUGUGAAGAACAGACUUGAGACGCCAAUGGAACUAAGACUGGACAGCCCAUCAGCUCCAGACAAGCCCGUGGUCCUUCCCGCCAUCAUGCCAGGUGAUUCAUUUGCCGUGCCUUUACACCUCACUUCUUGGCGGCUACAGGCCCGGCCCAAAGGACUGGGUGUGUUUUUCUGUAAGGCUCCUAUUCACUGGACCAAUGUAGUGAAGACUACAGAGGUUAGUAGCAGCAAACGAGAGUGCCACGCUAUGGAUGCGGAAAAAAGCCGAUUCUUCAGGUUUUGUGUGGCCAUAAAGAAAGAGAAUUAUCCAGAUUACAUGCCCUCCAACAUAUUUUCUGACAGCGCAAAACAGAUUUUCAGACAGCCUGGGCAUACCAUAUAUCUCCUGCCGACAGUGGUAAUCUGCAACUUGUUACCUUGUGAACUCGAUUUUUAUGUUAAAGGAAUGCCCAUUAAUGGGACACUGAAACCUGGCAAAGAGGUGGCUCUCCACACAGCUGAUACCUCCCAGAACAUUGAGCUGGGGGUGUCAUUGGAAAAUUUUCCACUCUGUAAAGAAUUGCUUAUUCCAUCUGGAACCCAAAACUAUAUGGUAAGAAUGAGGCUCUAUGACAUCAACCGGCGGCAGCUGAACCUCACCAUCCGGAUCGUGUGUCGAGCAGAAGGAUCUUUAAAGAUCUUCAUUUCGGCUCCGUAUUGGUUGAUUAACAAAACAGGGCUCCCACUGAUCUUCAGACAGGACAAUGCAAGAAUGGAUGCUGCAGGCCAGUUUGAAGAGCAUGAGCUGGCCCGGAGCCUGAGCCCUCUCUUGUUCUGCUACGCUGACAAAGAGCAGCCAAGCCUCUGCACGAUGAGAAUCGGAAGGGGGAUUCAUCCUGAAGGCAUGCCGGGCUGGUGUCAGGGCUUCUCGCUGGAUGGUGGUAGUGGCGUCCGAGCUUUGAGAGUCAUCCAGCAAGGAAACCGCCCAGGGCUGAUCUAUAACAUUGGUAUUGAUGUCAAGAAAGGCCGAGGCCGAUAUAUCGACACCUGUAUGGUAAUCUUCGCUCCCCGUUACCUGUUAGAUAAUAAAUCAUCUCACAAGCUUGCAUUUGCACAGAGGGAAUUUGCCAGGGGACAGGGAACAGCCAAUCCUGAAGGUUACAUUUCCACCCUUCCUGGUUCCAGUGUGGUGUUCCAUUGGCCUCGGAAUGACUAUGAUCAGCUGUUAUGUGUCCGAUUGAUGGAUGUUCCCAAUUGUAUUUGGUCUGGGGGCUUUGAAGUCAACAAGAAUAAUUCCUUCCAUAUCAACAUGAGAGAUACUCUGGGAAAAUGCUUCUUCCUGCGUGUGGAAAUUACUCUUCGAGGAGCUACCUAUAGGAUCUCCUUUAGUGAUACAGAUCAGUUACCCCCUCCUUUCCGAAUUGACAACUUUUCUAAGGUCCCGGUUGUCUUCACUCAGCAUGGCGUUGCUGAACCCAGGCUCCGAACUGAAGUGAAGCCCAUGACUUCCUUGGAUUAUGCCUGGGACGAACCCACCCUGCCACCUUUUAUCACUCUGACUGUUAAAGGGGCAGGUUCCUCUGAGAUCAACUGCAACAUGAAUGAUUUCCAGGAUAACCGACAGCUUUAUUAUGAAAAUUUCAUUUACGUCGCUGCCACGUAUACGUUCUCUGGUUUACAGGAGGGGACAGGACGGCCUGUGGCUUCCAACAGAGCCAUUACCUGUGCAGAGCUCGUCUUGGAUGUCUCACCGAAGACACAGAGAGUCAUUUUAAAGAAGAAGGAGCCAGGGAAGCGUUCUCAGCUGUGGAGGAUGACUGGCACAGGCGUGCUGGCCCACGAGGGCUCUUCCGUGCCUCACAACCCCAGCAAGCCCUUGGCCGCCCGCUCCACCGAGGGCUCUGCCAUCUUAGAUAUUGCUGGUCUUGCUGCAGUCACUGACAACAGAUACGAGCCGCUGAUGCUAAGAAAGCCUGAUCGCAGGCGAAGCACAACCCAGACGUGGAGUUUCCGAGAAGGGAAACUGACCUGUGGGUCACACGGUUUGGUUGUCCAGGCCAAAGGAGGGCUUUCUGGUUUGUUUGACGGAGCUGAAGUUGUUCUUGGUCCGGACACAUCCAUGGAGCUUUUGGGGCCAGUUCCGCCUGAACAACAAUUUAUUAACCAAAAAAUGAGGCCUGGUUCGGGAAUGUUGUCCAUCAGGGUCAUCCCAGAUGGACCAACUAGAGCGCUCCAGAUAACAGAUUUCUCCCAACGGAAAAAUGACCGUUCAUCGUACGAAGUGGAUGAACUUCCUGGUACGGAUCAAGAGCUGGAGAAAUUAAAGAAUCCAGACACAGAGCAGGAAUUGGAAGUGCUUGUGAAGUUAGAAGGUGGAAUUGGGUUGUCUUUAAUUAAUAAAGUCCCAGAAGAACUGGUCUUUGCAAGUCUUACGGGAAUCAAUGUGCACUACACACAGCUGGCCACCAGUUAUAUGCUAGAACUCAGCAUACGGGAUGUACAGGUGGACAAUCAGCUCCUUGGCACCACGCAGCCCUUCAUGCUCUUUGUGACUCCACUGAGCAAUGAGAAUGAGGUCAUUGAGACAGGCCCUGCUGUGCAAGUGAACACGGUGAAGUUCCCCAGUAAGAGUGCGCUGACCAACAUCUACAAGCAUCUGAUGGUCACGGCUCAGAGAUUCACGGUACAAAUUGAGGAGAAACUGCUCCUCAAGCUGCUGAGUUUCUUUGGCUACGAUCAGGCAGAAUCAGAGGUGGAAAAAUACGAUGAAAACCUCCACGAAAAGACAGCUGAGCAAGGUGGGACGCCAAUUCGAUACUACUUUGAAAAUCUCAAAAUCAGCAUCCCCCAGAUCAAGCUGAGCGUGUUCACCUCCAACAAGCUACCACUGGAUCUCAAGGCCCUCAAAAGCACCUUGGGAUUUCCAUUGAUUCGGUUUGAAGAUGCCGUGAUUAAUCUGGAUCCAUUCACUCGGGUACAUCCCUAUGAGACCAAGGAAUUCAUCAUCAAUGAUAUCCUCAAACAUUUCCAGGAGGAACUCCUCAGCCAGGCAGCUCGAAUCCUGGGAUCAGUGGACUUCCUUGGCAAUCCCAUGGGGCUUUUGAAUGAUGUUUCUGAAGGGGUGACUGGACUGAUAAAGUAUGGAAAUGUUGGGGGCCUUAUCAGAAAUGUUACACACGGAGUAUCAAACUCUGCUGCCAAGUUUGCGGGGACGUUGUCAGAUGGCUUAGGGAAGACGAUGGACAAUCGCCAUCAGUCGGAGCGGGAGUACAUCAGAUACCACGCGGCCACGAGUGGUGAACACCUGGUAGCUGGCAUCCACGGCCUGGCUCACGGUAUCAUUGGUGGACUGACCAGUGUUAUAACCUCAACGGUGGAAGGUGUGAAAACAGAAGGGGGUGUCAGCGGUUUCAUAUCUGGCCUUGGGAAGGGGCUUGUUGGCACUGUAACCAAGCCAGUGGCAGGCGCCCUGGACUUUGCAUCAGAAACAGCCCAGGCAGUGAGAGACACAGCCACACUUAGUGGCCCCAGGACCCAAGCACAGAGGGUACGGAAACCACGGUGCUGCGCAGGGCCGCAGGGCCUGCUUCCCCGCUAUUCUGAGAGCCAGGCCGAAGGGCAGGAGCAGCUCUUCAAACUAACAGACAACAUACAAGACGAAUUCUUCAUAGCCGUGGAGAACAUCGACAGCUACUGUGUGCUCAUCUCCUCCAAGGCUGUCUACUUUCUGAAAAGCGGAGACUACCUAGACCGGGAGGCCAUUUUCCUGGAAGUCAAGUACGACGAUCUCUACCACUGCCUCGUCUCCAAAGACCACGGGAAGGUGUAUGUGCAGGUGACCAAGAAGGCCGUGAACACGAGCAGUGGGGUGUCCAUCCCCGGCCCUUCCCACCAGAAGCCGAUGGUCCACGUGAAAUCAGAGGUCCUUGCUAUCAAGUUAUCACAAGAAAUAAACUAUGCAAAGAGCCUUUACUAUGAACAGCAACUUAUGUUAAGACUCAAUGAAAACCAAGAGCAGUUGGAGCUGGACUCCUGA